UGGGACUUUUCGCUCUAUUAAUUUUUUUAGCAGAAUAUUUUUUAUUGUAGCACAAAUGGCUUAUCACUGAAUGAAUGAAAAAGAUUUAGCCGGAGGAUUUGUUUCCGGAGACCAAUGACCAAAACAUUUGUAUUAGGUAUCAUUGUUUAAUGACCCUGUCGUCUGCGUCAGGAUAAAUUGCAGACGACAUGUGGAAUGCAGAUUGACUGGAGGUUACGAAAGAUAUAGUUUACAGGUACUGACGGCGGACAAUGAAGAGAAGGAAUUGAAAAUGAAUUCAGAAUGAGCAGAAAGAAGUACUCACUGCGUGGUCAACUGGUAACCACGGACACCAAGGACCUAAGUAUAGACACCACUUAUCUACCACACCACCAAACCAAGGAGGAGAUCGCACUAGACAAAUUCAAGUUGAAAGUACAAGACUUGAUAAAGCCAGACCAUGACGAUUUUUACCUGCAUAAAUGGCUCAAAGCAAGGUGUUAUGACGUGGAUAAAGCAGAGAAGAUGUUCAGAACGAGUAUGGCAUUCCGAGAAAAAAUGAAAGUUGAUACAAUCUUAGAGGACUACAAGCAACCAGAGGUGCUUUGUAAAUACCUUACGGGAGGGUUCUGUGGCCAUGCCAAGGACGGAUCCCCUGUUCGUGUAGAACCGUACGGACGCCUGGAUAUGAAGGGUCUUAUGUGUUCAGUGAGAAAAUCAGACUUGGAGAAGGCCAAAAUACAACAAUGUGAGGGUACCGUCCGUGACUGGCAAGAGGAAAGUAAAAAACGUGGAUACCGGGUUGAUGGAUUGACAGUUGUGUUUGACAUGGCAGGUGUUGGAACCAGGAUGCUUUGGCGACCAGGACUUAAAAUGUAUCUUCAUUUGGUCAAAGUUUUAGAAGACAACUAUCCAGAGAUGAUGCGACGUCUGCUCAUUAUAAACGCUCCAGGAAUAUUUCCACUUUUAUAUAAGAUAGCCCGUCCAUUGAUUAGUGAGGAUAUGAAGCAGAAAAUUCAUGUUAUUGGGAGUGAUUAUAAAGAGUACCUGUUAAGGUACAUUGAUGCUUCUGACCUCCCAGCGUGUUAUGGUGGUACUUUAACGGACCCUGACGGAGAUCCAACAUGCAAAACCAUGAUCUGCUAUGGAGGAGAUGUGCCAGAGAAAUAUUUCUUGCAAACCGCCGACUUUCAAGAGCAAAUGCAGACUGCUACAGUACCUCGGGGAGAUAAGCUUACAAUAGAUGUUCAAGUGAAUCGUCCAGGGAGUAUACUUAAGUGGGAAUUUAAGACAGAGAACUACGAUAUAGGAUUUGGGGUCCUUUACCAAACUUCCAGUGGUACUGUUCCAGUGGUACCAUCAUCACGUGUUAAUAGUCACGUGGUCGCAGAGGAUGGAAGUUAUAUAUGUGAUAAUACGGGAACUUAUACUCUUUGCUUUGACAACUCAUUCAGCUGGACAAGGAAUAAGACAAUAUACUACAAUGCUGAGGUGCUUUACGCAGAUGACAUUCUUAUAACAACAGAAAUCAACAGCCUGAUAGAACAAGGCAACUGGGAGACGCUAUCAAGGAAAUUUGAAACCACACACUUAUAAUUUUACAUGUGAUAACGGACCAUUUAUAGUAAUCUGCUGGGCACUUGUAAAGUGACAGUUGGAAAUGAUCAAAAGAACAAAUUUUUCUAAUCUCUUGUAUGCAGAGGUUCCUUAAUAAAUGUACCACUUUCUGUAUAGCUGCCUCAAAAUAUUACAAUACCAUACAAUGUAUGUUAUUUGCUACUAAAUAUUAUUUCAUCAUUAUUUCAAUAAGCUUUAGGAAUUGUAAUCUAACUGAACAUACCAGUAAGUAUUCAUUCAUACAGAUGGAUAAAAAAUUUUAAUGAACUUAAAUGAAUCAAGCAUUCAAUUAAAGAAAAAUGCAAAACUUUUUUUUUUUACGCAUGAUAUGUCUUUGUAAUGCCAAUUCAUUUUCAGCCGCUUUUUUUGUAAUUGAUGCUUCUCAGAAAGCAAUUUCUAUUUAAGGAAUCCCCCCUUUUUUUAAAUUGAUUUCUGCAAACGUACUUUUUUGAACGUGGUCAUAUUUCCGCAAAGCCGGGAUUUCUGUUCAUUCCGCGUGUAGAAAAAAAUGCAAUUGAAUUUUUCAUUUGCAUUUUAAAUACGCUGUGAUAAAUAAAAUUCAUGACCGUGUACAUAGCGUAAAUUAAUCCCACGCAGAAAGAGUACGUCUACAGUAUCUGGUUAUUGUAAACUGGUAUAUAAAAUGUGACUCAAUAACAGAUGAGUUCAUACGUAUUUUGCUUUUUGUUUUAAAAAACGAGUAAAUUGUCCUGAAUGUUAACAUGUUGAGCAAUGAGUAUUAGUUACCCUCACACGUGAUUUUUAAAAAUUUGUCUUGUUGCUUGUAGAAAUCUGUUGUUGCUAUUUAUAUUGUGAACUGUGUUUUCAUAAACCAUAGCUGAAAUUCAAUUUCGUUUAGUAUACAUAUAAUUAUAAGAUUAUAUAUCAUUUGAAUUUUUAUGUGUAAUAUGUUUAUAAUAAAGUUUAAAUGACACUAACAUAUAUUUAAUACGCUAUUUUCAAGGCUCAUUAGGCACUAAAUGCAUUAGUUAAUCAAGUAAUAUAUAAAAUGCCCAAUGCACUUGAAAAACAUUGCCAAAAAUAUUGAUUAAAUCUA